GCUUGCUAGAAUUUUUAAAAUGGUGCACUGACAGCGGUCACACAGUCACUACUGAGGAAGCAAGAAUUCGUUAGCUAGAGAAAUGCUUAUUAUUUUUGCAGUUUUAUUGCAGUGUAUGAUUUCAAAUGCUGAAGACUGCGGUCCUAUAGGAUAUGACGCAAAAGAUCUUUUAAGUCCCAGCUAUUGGUAUUUCGACCUUCCGCCAAAAGACUGCCCACCUAUUCCUGAACCAGAUUUAAUCUUUCUUAACUCAACAGACGCAAAUAAUUCAACGUGUCGCAUAUACUUUAAUUUAUGUCAGUCGAUGUAUUUUCAGUGUGCUGGUUCGGUGUGUGUCAACUAUCUGAACACUGAAGAUUAUAUAAACUUUCUAGGUGAAACAGUAUCACAUCCAUUUCAUGAAAAUCAUGAUGCGAAGGGUUUUAGAGCACAGUACCCUGGGCAAUAUUUACAAUGCAAAAAUGGUAGAAAGAAAGUAACAACCACUUUUGUUUUCACGUGUGACAAAAGUAAGGUCUGGAAUCGAAAUGUCAGGAAGCAGCAUGGUGGCUCUGAGGCUCCCAAGCCAGAUUUAGUGCUGUUUAACAACAAUACUUGUGAAUACACAGUGAGUUUCAACUACUCUGGUGCAUGUUUGAAACUAUCGCCAGGCGAUUCACGAACAAAAAAUAUCAGCACUGGUUCUUUUAUACUCAUCCUAUUUUUUCCUGCGGUUGUAUUGUAUUUCUUGCUGGGAAUUCUCAUCAAUCGUGUGCGUGGUCACACAGGAAAAGAUAUGAUUCCACAGAGAGAAUUUUGGAGUGAUCUACCAGAGUUAAUCAUGGACGGAUUUGCAUUUACUAUGGCAACAGUCACGUGUCAUUCGGAAGAUCGCAGUAAAAACGAAUAUACUUCUGUGGAUUGAAAGAGUGAGCUCUAGUGACGUCAUCGUUCAACAUUGUGAUCAGUGAAAGUUGCAUGAAGGAACAUGUGAAUUUACAACUAACAUUUCAUGCUGAGAUGGUUUCUUUUGUUUUUAGUUGUUGUUUUAUAAAAUUAUUUUUUAUACACUUCUUGAGGCUAGCAGCAACUCGCUGCGAUUUGCAAAACAUUUCUAUUUUGUUUGUAAAAAUACUAUUUUAAUAUAAUCCAUUUGACAU